AUGGCCGACCGUCAACCAACUGACUCUACAGCGCUUUAAAACCCAAGAGAUUCUGCAUAUUUAGAUAGUUUACAUCAUACUACAUGCAUACUGGAUGAGAGUUCAUAAAGGAGAUUAUUCUUCGAUCUGUAGUCUGAUAUUCAUUUAUUAGUAACAUUAUUGUAUCGCUUAUUUGUUGCGCCUCGACGAAUGCCUCAAAAAACUAGGAUUUCGCACUGAAGCACUUUAUUUCAUGUGUAAUUCCUGAGAGAGGAGGAUCAGGAAAGGGAACAGCAGUUAAUGGAAGACAAGAAAAGGAAGAAAGAAGAGAAAAGAAAAAGGGAAGCUUCUCAGAAGAUUGCAGAACAAAAAAACAAAGUGCCAGAUUUGACCAAGCCAACGUCGACCCAGUCUCCAACCACCCCCAGCUCUGUGUCCCCUAGCCCUGGCCCCCCUCCCUCUUCCUCCCCAUCCCCUGCCGCUGCGGCUGCCGGUGCCCCCCCUCAGGGCGGGAACAAUGCUAAGCGCCCGGCGGUGGCCAACGGACAGCCCCCCUCCGGCGCCCAGGCCCCCCAGCGCUACAUGCCCCGUGAAGUGCCCCCUCGAUUCCGCUGCCAGCAGGACCACAAAGUGCUACUGAAGAGGGGCCAGCCGCCACUGUCCUGCAUGCUGCUGGGGGGGGGCAACAGUGGGGGAGCCACCCCCCCUCUGUCGCAGGGAGACGGCCCCAAUGCAAGUGCAGCUGGAGCCUCAGAUUCCGCUCCUGGAUCUCAGGGUUCAGCUGCUCCCUCACUUCCCCACUCCUCGUCAUCAUCUUCAUCAUCAGUCGCUGCUUCUUCUACUUCAAAUUAUGCAAAUUCCACGUGGGGGGCGGGCUCUGGCAGCCAGCCCCCCUCUCAGGGCUGGGAGAAGGUGAUAGUGGAUGGGUCUGAUUUGGAGGAGUGGCCCAGCAUUGCGGCCGGGGCUGGGGGUGGAGACGGAGCAGGUGCUGGGGGGGUGGAGACCGGCGGAGCCCACAACAGCAGUGCCUCAUGGAGCGACCGACACCUCCAGCAGCAGAGGGCGGCAGGAGCGGGAUCCGGGGUGGGGAAAGCUGGCAACUCGGCCAGCCCUUCCCCGCCUUCCUCCUCGUCCUGUUCGCCAAACGAAUGUACGCAGUCCGGCAGUGUUGCGUGGGGCUCCUCCUCCCAGGCGGGCGUCGGAGGGAGCGCAGCCGUGGUAGGGUCAGUGCCCUCAAAAUCCAAAGCCUCCUCUUUCCCUGGGACUCCAGACGGCUCCCUUGGUGUUAGCAGUGGGAUCCCAGGUGCCAAUUUCAACCCCAGCGCCAACCCUUCAGCUUGGCCAGCCCUGGUGCAGGAUGGGACGGCCGGGGCGGGUGUGGGCAGGGUCGCCGCGGCCGAGGGCGGCCCCUCUUCCCUUCCAUCUCCAUCCUCUCUGUCAGCCAAACCCUCCCUCAGCCAUCCUCCCAUAUCUGUGAACCCAGCCAGUCAUCAGCACCAACUUAACGAAGCGGACGAGGCGGACAGGGAACAGCCCCGCGGGGAGUGGGCAGGCGCAGGGCCGGAGGCAGGAGCAGGACCAAAACAAUCCGGGGAGGACGUGGACUGUGGGACCGGGGGAGGAGGGGAUCUCUCCACCUCUUUAUCCUCCUCCGCAACAUCCUCCUCUUCAUGGAGAGCCCAGCCUUUCUCCUCCAACUCCAAAACGGGUGCCUCAAGGACUGAUUCAUGGGAAGAUGGAGCAGGAGGGGGUGAAGUUCCUGGGGAGGGGGGGAAUUCGUGGGGUUACGGCAGCCAUGACGGGAAAGCGGGAGUGGGGUCGGUGGGUGGGGGUAAAGCUUGGGUUUCGGGAAGUGGGGGCAGUUGUAAGACCCCCGGGGUUUCUCAGGGAGCGUGGAGCGGGGGAGCUGGGGAGGAGCUUCUGGUUGGGGAGUGGGGCAAUUCGGGUGGGGUGGCAGGUGUGGGGGCACCUUGCAAUCCGGUUGGAGGAAGCGGCAGCAGCAACAGCAGCAGCAGUGGGGGGAGCGUGGGCAACCCCCCCACCUCCGCCUCCCCCAUGUCUACGACUAUGACGAGAGCUUGGGACAAUCAGAAAGGCGUUGGGGAAGGAGGGGCAGGGGAGGCGGGGGAGUGGGGAGGCCAGGGGAAAGGAGGAGCUGGCACUUCAUCCUCCAGCGGAGGGGGGCACUCCAGAGCCGGGAGCGGCCCCCACAAUCAGCGCCACCACCGCACCUCCCACCAGCCCCCGAACGCUGAAGUGGCCUUACAGAACUUACUCAGCCGGACUGACCUGGACCCCAGAGUCCUGUCCAACACCGGCUGGGGCCAGACCCAGAUCAAGCAGAACGUGGCCUGGGACUUGGAGGGACCUGGUGGAAGCGGCGGUUCCUCUGCUUUCCUGUCUUCAACGAUGAAUACUACUAAUCCUGCUCUUUCUUACUCUGCUACUACCAGUUCGACGACUACUGAUCCUUCUCUGGCUUCCCCUCUCCCCGGUGCCACGCCGAACGCCAGCCUGAACUCGAACUUGGCGCCCAGCGCCGUGCCCUCCGGAGAGGGCUGGGAAGGUGGCGGCGGCGGCGGCGGCAGCGGUAAUAAUUCACUGUUAACGCGGGGCCCGCCGCCCACCGGUUCCAAUGCGCGGAAUCCUGGCGGCGUGCAGUCUGGCGCGGCGACCUCCGGAGGCUGCGUGGGAGGCUUGGGGGCUCCGUCCGGUGCCCAGGGAAAGAAUGGCGGGGGCUGGGGCGGGAUUGGCCCAGCGGAGAGCCAAGGAAAGGGCUGGGGCAGCGAGGGCCAGGAGUGGAGGGAACGCAGGGGCGGCGGAGGGGAGUGGGGGGAUUUCGGACAACAGGGUACCCCAGCUGGCGGAGGCGGCGGUGGUUGGGGAGGCGGUCCGGAGGAGAAAGGGACGGGCGGCUGGAAGGAGGUGGGAAGGGAAGGAGGGGGCUGGGGGCAGAGAGGCGGGGGCGAGUGGGGGGAGCCGGAGCCCAAGCCAGGAAGCGGGGGUUGGGGUGAAGGGAAGGGGGGCGGCGGAGGUGCCGGCGGGGAUUUGGAAGCGGGAUCGUGGGGCAGCUGGGAUGAGGGAGGCCCAAGAAGAGGUUGGGGCGGGGGAGGAGGGGACGUGGGUAGCAAGCCCCACCAGGGCUGGGGGGGCAAACCGCACCAGUCGCAGAUACCAAACAGCCAGGCUGCAGCACUGAAAGGCCCAGUUCAGCAGCCGCAACAAUCACAGGCCCAGCAGCAGCAGCAGCAGCCCAUGGACCCGGGGGCCAUGCAGGGUGGCUGGGGUCGGCCGGGGGGGCCUCCCUCCCAGAACCAGAACCAAAGUUCGGGCUGGACCUCCGGCCCCAUCCCCCAGAUUCCCGGCGGCCCCGGGGAGGGCCUGGAGCCCAGCGGCUGGGAGGAGCCCUCGCCCCAGUCCAUCAGCCGCAAGAUGGAGAUCGACGACGGCACCUCCGCCUGGGGAGACCCCAGCCGCUACAACAACAAGAGCGUCAACCUGUGGGACAAGAACAGUGGCACCGCGCUGCAGGCCCAGGUGCAGCCUCCGCAGCACCAGGGUCAGGCCCCCGCCCAGCAGCAGCAGCAGCCCCCAGGAAGGACCAUGCACCAGCCCGCACCCCCCGGGAACACAGGGCAGGCACCUGGCAAGGCACCUGGAAUAGCUCCUGCGUCAUGGGGAAGCAGUAGCGGCCCGCCUGGCCCAGCUGUGGACAACGGCACAGCCGCCUGGGGGAAGGCUGCCGACGCCCCCACUGGCUGGGGUGAACCAGAGGAUUCUGGGAAGAGCCUGGGCUGGGGGAACCCCUCCCCCAAUCCGGUCAAGUCUGGUUCCAAGUCUAUGCAAGAGGGCUGGGGCGAGGGGGAGGGCUCUGUCAGCGCCUCUCGCCAUUCCAGCUGGGAGGAGGAAGAGGAUGGGGGCGGCGUGUGGAACAGCGCUGGGUCCCAGGGCAGCAGCUCCUCCUACAAUUCGGGGGGCUGGGGCCAGGGCCACGGAGGCAAGAAGGGCAGCAAUAAGGGUGCCCUGAAGGGUGGAGGUGGAGAUUCCUGGAUGAAUCCCAUGACCAGCAGGUUCUCAAACAUGGGGCUCUUGGGAGAGGACCCCAGCGGUAGGCCUCUGGAGUUGGCCCCCGGCCCCCCCCAGGAUAAGAAACAGGAGGGAGACAAGCGAGGGAUGAACCUGAGCGACUACAACGGGGAGAUUCGCAAGGGAGCUCGAGGAGGGGCAGUCUUCCGUUCGUCCGGUUCCAAAGAAGCGGGGCCUGGUGAGCCAGGGCCUUACUAUGACAAGCUGACCUUGCCUUUCACCAAUCAGGAUGGGUGCCUUGUGGAGGAAGGGCCUUGUUCACCAUUUUCUCCGUCCACUGGUUUCAAGUCCUCUCCCUUAUACAACCACCCCAACCCCCCUAGACAAACGGGUGGUCACAAUGUGUUUGGUGGCAGCGGUGGGAUGGCCCAGUCACGGGGGGUUCACCAGCCUGGUGUGCCCUCCAUAAACCCAUCCCCAGGGAUACGAGCGCAAGUGCCUCAUCAGUUCCUGUCACCUCAGGUGCCGGGCUCCGUGUUGAAGCAGAUGCCCCCGCCCAGCAGCAACGUGGGUGGAGUCGGAGGAGUGGGAGGAGUCGGGGGUGUGGGAGGUGGAGUGUUCCCGCCACAGCUCUCCCCCCAGCACAUUGCAAUGCUCAGCAGCAUCUACCCGCACGUGCAGCAAUUCCACCUGGCAUGUCAGCUACUUCUGCAGCAGCAGCAACAGCAGCAGCAGCUCCUUCAGAACCAGAGGAAGUUCCCCCAGAAUCUGCGGCAGCAGCCAGACCCGCAGCAGCUGGCUCGGGUCAUGGCGAUCCUGCAGCAGCAACAGAGGCAGCAGCAGCAGCAGCAGCAGCAGGGUGCUGGCGGGGGCUCCAAACUGUCCCCCUCUCACCUGGGAGGAGGCACCCCCAAACAGCCAAUGGCAGACCCCCUGCCCCACCCCGGCAUGGGGGGCUCACUUGCUGACCUGCAUCCUAAAACUCAUGGGGGUUACUCUGGCUUUGCCUCAGGGGUGAACAUGUCUGGAUUGGAGCUGGGUUCGAUGGUGGGGGGCCCAGGAGGCAUGAAGGAGGGCGGGGGCCAGCAGUCACGCUUCAAGUGGAUGAUGGAGGGUCACUCUCCGGCCCCCUCACCUCCUGACUCUGCCCUUCACAAGAAUGGCCCCAUCUCUGCCCCAGUGAAGCUGAGGGGAGGGUCCCCUUACUCCCAGUACGAGUUGCUGGGAGGUGAAGGUUUGGGGAUGCCCCCUCAGGGCCCCUCUGAUAACUGGCACAGGACUCCCGGAAGCAAGAUGGGCUCUAAGACGGGCACGUCUAGCUGGCCGCCAGAGUUCCAGCCUGGAGUGCCGUGGAAGGGAAUUCAGAGUGCUGACCCUGAAUCUGACCCCUACGUGACCCCGGGCAGCGUGCUGGGGUCAUCUGGGGCCUCCAGCCUGAAUGACACUGAACACCAGUUACUGAGAGACAACACAGAGUCUAACCCCUCCCUCAACACCUUGCUGCCUUCACCAGGUGCCUGGCCCUACAGUGCCUCUGACAGCCCCCUUAACAACGCACACAACUCUGCAAAGUAUACUGAGUACAAGCCCAGCUGGCCUCCAGAACCCAUAGGACACAACAAGCUGUGGAAGACCAAUCGCAACAGUUCCCAGCUGCCACGCCCUCCUCCUGGACUCACCAAUCAGAAACAACCUUCUCCAUCACCUUGGGCAGGUGGAGGCCCACGACUGGCCAGAAGUUGGGGAGGGGCUGGAGGCAGCCAGGAAACAAGAUACGGGUCAGGUUCUGCUUGGAGUGACGCUGGGGCCUUGAGAGGGAGUUGUUGGCUGGUUCUGAGCAACCUCACCCCACAGAUCGACGGCUCCACUCUGCGCACUAUAUGUAUGCAGCACGGACCCCUGCUGACCUUUCACCUCGGCCAGGGCAGCGCUCUGAUUCGCUACAGCUCCCGCCAGGAAGCAGCCAAGGCGCAAAGUGCACUGCACAUGUGCGUAUUGGGCAACACCACGAUCCUGGCGGAGUUUGUGAGUGAGGAGGAAGUCAGUCGGUAUUUUGCACAUUCCCAGGCUGGAGGAAGCGGCAGCGGCAGUGGAGGCGGGACUGUGGGGGCAGUCCCAGGGGCUGGGGCAGGCCAGGGGCCGGCAGGGACAGGCACAGCGGGGGCCAACAGCGGAGGGAGCACCCCGGGGAGUGACAGAGAAAGAGCUGCUGGAGGGGGCACCGCAACUGGAGGAAGUAACAACGGAGGAGGAGCAGGAGGAGGAGGUGUGGGAAGCGUGGGGCCCUCGGGCUCCGGCUGGCAGAGUUUAGACGGUACAGGCAGCUCUCCAGACGCCUCUUCAGCUCAAGGACCCGGGCUGAGCAUCUUCGCCCAGUGGAGCACCAACGGGGCCGGGGGAGGCGCAGGGAGCGUGGAUCCCGGGAGGGCUGGGCUCUGGGGCAGCAUGACCCCAGGUUACCCCAGCAGCACCCUGUGGGGGGCACCGCAGAUGGAGGACAGGCACCAAAUGGGCAGCCCAGCUGCACUGUUGCCGGGUGACCUGCUAGGAGGGGGGGCUGACUCCAUCUGACUGACACACACACAACAUAAAUUCUCUGACAGACACACUAGCAUACAGACACGCGCAUAGGCAUGCCAACACAUAUUGACAUAUAAAUGCAGACAACAGCACCAGUGCCCAUAUGGGCACACACACACACACGCACACACACACACACGCACAGUAAAUUCAUGGUAACAGGGAAAAACAGGCUUGCGUGCCCAGAUAUAAGCUCACAAAUAAACAAUGAUGGAGACCUGGACAGUGAGAGAGACAUACAAGGCCUUUCCCACAAAAUGAAGACUUCAACUUCAAGACUUGAAUAGAAGGAAAUUUAGCAGGCGAGAAACUAAAAUUUGACCAGAUGAACCUUAAUCUUGGACUGGAGAGAUGCACGCGCACACACACACACACACACACACACACACACACAUACAAUCAGAUGGACACACACUGUAAUAUUACAUCAUAGAUGUUGGACAAAACACAACCUAGGUUCUUUAUCCUAGCACCUAUCAUAAACAAACUCAAACGCACACACACACACACAUACACACACAUCAUCUCUGCUAAUUGAUUUGACAAGCAAACCAUCUUAUAGUAUUUUUUCUUUUUUCAUUUUUCAUUUGGGACAGUGGAAUCCAGAACCUUCAUUCUUCCCUUCAAAUGCUGACCUCGUUUUUUUUUUUUUUUUUUUCUCUCUCAUUCAAUCAAGUUCAUUGUUGUUGUUAUUAUGACUAUGAUUAUUUUAUUUUGUCUUUCGGUAUGAGGCGUUGUAGUGUUAAAAUGCGUGUGAGAGAAUUGUGUGAAAGAAAAGUAUGAACGGGUAGGAGUGAGACUGAAUGUGUGCAUGCGUGUGUCUUUUAGGGAAGUGAAUGAGUGUGUAUGUGGCAGCUUACAGCAGGUGUUAAGAUAUUUUGAGUGUGCUUGGUAAGUGUAUGCAAGUAUGUGCAGACUGCGUAUUCAGGAACAUUGGCACUAAUGGAUCUUUUUGUCAUUGUUUUCAUUUUAAGUCAUGUUUUUAGCAGCCUUUUGUUUUUUUAUCGUCCGAAUGGCAAUAAUGAAAAAAAUGUACAGCAAACAACUGAAGGCAUACACAUUGAAAAAGAUGCCAAAUCUCAAAACUAGUGGAGCUGGAGGUGUUUACAAACGCCUAAAGGAAAAAAAGUUACAAUGUUUUAUUUUUGUUGUUGUUUAACGUUUUAAAUUAAGACAGGCUUUAACACUCCUGUUCAGAUACUUGUUUUCAGGUUUUACAAAGGAAAAGUACUUUAAACAGAAAAGAACAAGAAUAAUAAAGUUGAAAGUAUUGGCCUUUCUGUCCUGUGCUUAUGUCACAUGUUAUUUAUGUUUCUUCAGAUGUUAACACCGUGUGUAUUUACAGUUCAGUCAUUAACAGCGUGGUCAGGUUAUUGGUCAUAAUCAGACCAUAAUCUUUGAACCACUUUGGUGCAUCCACACAUGCUUCAGAAGGUUCUCUCAUAUCCUCUUUACUACUCUCACACACACACACACACACACACACACACACACCUCUUCCUCAACUUGAAGAGUUACCCACCCUGAUUUUUCUCUUAAGGACAGGCUGACUGCUGGAUGCUCUCGAAGUUUAAAACCACUAUCACUUUAUCAGCUUUCACCUUUUCCCUCACCUGCUGCAGGAUGUCUGAUGAGUUGCAGCUGUUUCUUAGUGUCACAUGACAGGUUAUAAAAAAAGAGCACAAGAUAAGGGCUUCUAAAACUGCCUGCGCAGAGACAGACAGACACACACUCUCACACAUGCAUACACCACUAGAAAAUAUCUACUGGAUUUUGCAUAACCUUGGCAAGUGAGGCCUCAAACCAUCACAGUGCUUGAAAAAGUGGAGUUUGUGUUCUAACCACAUGUUCCUUGACCUCUGAAAAGACAUCCUAGGGCGUAAGGUGAGGGGUUUAUUUUCUGACCGUAGGUUCCUUGUGAGAGGUCAGCCUAGGGCGUACUGUGAGCUCCAUACCUGUGCUCUGCAUUAUACUUCUCAAAUUCUUACAUGCUUGCUACCUAGUCAGGAGGGUUUGAUCAGGAUGUGUUUAAAAAAAAAAAUAUUUGCUUUGACCCUGAACAUUGUGGCCUUCUGGCAUUUGGGGUGUGUGAGUGUCAAGCCUAACAGGAAGUCCUCCUCCCGUAGGGCUCGGUGUUGAGCUUGCCUGCCCGGCAGGCUCUUGACCGCGCUCGUGUUCCUGUGACGUCAGAUCUAGGCAGCUACCGUUCCCCCCUGCUCUUUUUGGUCGACGAUGUGUUCUCUGUAUUCUCCGCUCCCAACAGUUUAUCCAGGAUCAUCUUUCCCCGACCGUAAUCCUCCUCUAGUAUUUUGUUUGGGGGGAAUGGAAACUGAUCCAGAAUUUCCCAUGGCCCUGCCAGUGAGCGCCCCCUUACCUUAAUCUUUUUGGCUGAACUGGGUGCACAGCACUGCAGUGGAAAGGGAGGGACUAGAACGCAGAGAGGCAUUGAAUUGGGCCGGAAUAUCAUGCAAAUGAGUCCUACACAGUGGGUUAAAGCUGCCUAGCUCUGGUCAUUUUAAAUAAAAGUCAGGACUUCACUGCAGAAGGUUUUCACAUUGCCACUGUUCAGUUUCUUUCUUUUUUGACUUUUAAUUUGGCAAGUUUGCCUGUCACAGAGGUUUGUUUACUGUUUCAUAAAUACACAGCAUACUAUGGUCACAACUGGAGUUUGUCAGCGUUUAAGGCUUUUUUUAAUGAGCGACAUUUUUUGACAAUUACCUGUAUAUAAAAUGUAAUGUAAACAAUAUGAACAUUUCUGGGGAUGAGGUGCAGUGUCGGCCCUCAUCCUCCCUUUACA